AUGGGCUGGCGGCUGCUGCUGCUGCUGGCCCUGGCGCUGGGCGGCCGCGUGGCCACGGCGCAGAACGACACCGAGCCCAUCGUGCUGGAGGGCAAGUGCCUGGUGGUGUGCGACUCCAACCCGGCCCCCGACGCCAAGGGCUCGUCCUCCUCGCCGCUGGGCAUCUCCGUGCGGGCCGCCAACUCCAAGGUGGCUUUCUCGGCCGUGCGGAGCACCAACCACGAGCCCUCCGAGAUGAGCAACAAGACGCGCAUCAUCUACUUCGACCAGAUCCUUGUAAAUGUGGGCAAUUUUUUCACGUUGGAAUCUGUCUUUGUAGCACCACGGAAAGGAAUUUACAGUUUCAAUUUUCACGUAAUUAAAGUCUACCAGAGCCAAACAAUUCAGGUGAAUUUGAUGCUGAAUGGGAAGCCAGUGAUCUCUGCUUUCGCUGGGGACAAGGAUGUCACCCGUGAAGCUGCCACCAACGGGGUCCUGCUGUACCUGGACAAGGAGGACAAGGUUUACCUGAAGCUGGAGAAGGGAAAUCUGGUCGGUGGAUGGCAGUACUCCACAUUCUCUGGCUUCCUGGUCUUCCCCCUGUAAAGUCAAUUUUCCUGUGACCUUCAUCCAGGUGUGG